AUGGUGUCGCGUCUCCGCCCUUCGUUCGUUUGUCAAGGUCGGAAAAUUCUUAUCCUUAUUUACCGUCAUUGUUUGCCUGCCUUUUACAAAUCUAAAACUAUCUAUCUAUCUAUCUAUCUAUCUAUCUAUCUAAAAAUCUAUCUAUCUAUGUUUUUAUCUAUCUAUCUUCCUAAUACCUUCUAUCGAUCUAUCUAUCUCAUUAAUUCAAUUGAUAUCUAUCUAUCUAUUUUAUUAUCUAUAUCUAUCUAUCUAUUUUAUCUAUCUAUUAUAAUAUACUAUUUAUCUAUCUAUCUAUCUAUUUAUCUAUCUAUCUAUCUAUCUAUCUUUGUUUAUUUUCUUCUAUCUAUUUAUGUUCAAAUUAUCUGUGUUCAUUAUCUAUCUAUCUAUCUAUCUAUCUAUAUCUAUCUAUCUAUCUAUCUAUCUAUGAAUAUUAACUUUUAUCUAUCUAUCUAUCUAUCUAUCUAUCUAUCUGUUCAUUUCUAUGACAUUCAGAAAAUCUGUUUUUUUAUCUAUCUAUCUAUCUAUCAUUUUCUUCACAUUAAUCUAUCUAUCUAUCUAUCUAUCUAUCUAUCUAUCUAUCUAUCUAUUUUUUUCUACCAUCUAUCUAUCUAUCUAUCUAUCUAUCUAUCUAUCUAUCUAUCUAUAAUUAAUCUAUCUAUCAUUUUCUUUACAUCUAUCUAUCUAUCAUUAAUCUUCAUCAUCUAUCUAUCUAUCUAUUUGAAUAAAAUCUAUCUAUCUAUCUAUCUAUCUAUCUAUCUAUCUUUCUUCUUCCAUCUAUCUAUCUAUCUAUCUAUCUAUCUAUCUAUCUAUCAUUUAUCUAAAAUUCUAUUAUCUAUCUAUCUAUCCUUUUUAUAUUCACAUUAA